UCGCGUUUUUGCACGAAUAAAUGUGAACACCAGAACAUCAAUCACAAUUAAUAUGUAUAGUAAAAUUAAUAUAAUAGAUUAGUUUUGAAUAUUUCUUGAAAAACUGCACAAAUUUAAAUAAGCGCGAUGGCAGAUUACGAUUCCGAUGACGAAAAGUCACAACUUGAUAAGUUACGUUAUGCGAAGGUGCCUCGUGGUAUGCAUGUUAGCGGUUGGGACGAUGAUGCGGAUGAACUGAUCGAAGAAGAUAGAAACCCUCAAGCUAGCAUUGAACGUAUGAUCUUAUGGGCGGUGAAUGAAAACAAGUUGGGCGAGGUUCGUGAAAUUCUUCAAUUGGAUGCUGAGGCCGUUUCUGCAAUAGACGAUGAUGGCUACACACCCCUACAUAGAGCCUGCUAUAAUAAUUUUAUAGAUAUAGCCAAAUUAUUGCUGCAGUAUAAAGCAAAUCCGAAUGCUAAAACGAACUUGGGUUGGACUCCUCUUCAUUCAGCUUGUAAAUGGAGCAAUGCUGAAUGUGCGUCAUUGCUAUUACAAUACGGAGCGGAUGUUAACGCUCAAUCGGAGGGCAAACAGACCCCUUUGCAUGUAACCGCUACAAUAUCAAAUUGUCGUAAUACUGCUACGUUGUUAUUAAUGGAUCGGAAUAUUAAUGCACAGGCCUUGAAUAAUUCCGAAGAAACAGCAGAACAAAUUGCUUUGAGAACCGGCUUAACUGGACCUGUAUUUGAAAUGGGGCAUCCCGCUUAUGAUAUAGAAACUGGCCUUAUAGAUUAAUUUAACGGAAUACAUAUAUAUUUCAAAAAUAUUUUGAUUAAUGAAUUAAAAAUCCUCUACCCGCUUUGCUUUUAAAGUUGUGCUGUGAGUAAAUUGCACUUUUCUGGCUAUUCACGUAAUCUCUCCAAUAG